AGCUCUGAUCAACGGCGUGAAGAGUCAAAUUAUCGAAAGUAGAGAACAGAAGAAGAUGAAGAUAGCAGCUGUGAAGAAACAACGGGAGGAUCAUAUGCGCAUCAUGAAUCCUAAACUCCCGCCAAUUAUGGACGGUGUUGCCGCUACCCCCGGACCUGCGCUCACACGCACGGGGACAAGUCAUUCUCUUCAACGCGCCAACACAUUAUCAUCAAUUGGUACCCCGUCCAGGAGUAUGUCACCACGCAAAUCAGCUGGAACUGUUCGCCAAUCGGCUGGACUAUCACGGAAAUCAGCUGGAACAAUGAGAAACUCAACAGUUGGUAUGGGUUUCCGUCAGCAAACACUUCCUCCAGAUGGGCAUCAAAACAGAGCCAAACAGAAUAUAAGAUUAUUGAGGUCAAAACUGAAAAUCAAGACCCCGGGAUCACGUUUGUCUCAACUCGUACAAAAAAUACGGGCAUCUGAAUUCUCCGCACGGGGUUCGGAAAAGAUAGAAUUUGAGGACUCAGCUUCGGCAAUACGGUCGAAGAGCAGACUGUCUCCAAUGCUCAUUCGGGAGAUAAGCUCAUUGAGUCUAAAAGUACCCUUGAUGGACGUAUUGCCACAGGUGGAAUCAACAUCACUAGCUCCAAUUGACCAGUGAUGGACUUACUUAAACCACAUCCUUAUGAAGCAAACAACUGUUAAUUAAAAAAUAAUUUUCAUUUUGCAAUGACUAAAAUAUGCAGAAAAAUGACCUGAAUUUGGAAGUUGCUUUGUAAAAUUAAAAGAAAAAUAUAUUUUCAACUGAUUACACAAAAUGGCAUAACUUAAGUAAGUUGUUAAAAAAGUUAAGAAGUUGGCUGAACAGCUUUAACAGCAAUGGUAUUAUGGGUGUUCAUUUCUUGGUAAUAUCCACAAUGAGGUUAAGUAAAUUGCGAAAACUGCGAAAUUCGGAUUGAUUUUGACCGUCAGAUCUGUUGAGCCCAUGGGACUUUUUCCCGCUAUUAUGCGUUUCACUGAAAAUCUCACCCCAGCCUACGACGCCACGGUGGAAAGGACAUUUAUUUUUCAUUUUAAUAAAUGUUCGUGGUGUAGGCAAGGUUUGUUUAUUU